AUGUUCGAUUUUCAUUUUGAUAAAUUUGACUUUUCACCUCCUCGUUGUUUCAUGGGAGUAGAAGGAUCUCGACUUCAUGACGGAUACACCAGCUGCCCAAGGUGCGUCAUGGCUGGUGGUGGUGAUUGGAUUGACUCAGAGUGUGGGGGUUACCCCUCGGGGAAAGUCCAGGGUCCAUUUCAGGCUGGAGCGUCAGGAGACUUCAGAAUGAAAUUCUUCGACACGCUGCAACAUCUACGGGAAGACGAGUCAUUUUGUGACCUCACUCUGAAAGCCGGCAAUACAGUACUUAAAUGUCACAAGGCACUGAUCGUUGCUGCUAGUCCCUAUUUCCGCUGCCUGCUUACCCCAAAGAUCCAAAAAGGGCCACUUGACGAACGUCUGGAGUUCCCUGUUGUGCGUCGCAGGGGGAAGGAUCUUUGUGACAUAUCACUACAGGCUGGGAAUGUAGGAAUCAAAGUUCAUAAACCUGUCACAGAACCGUUGUCUCCAAAUUGUUUUGAGACGUCAUUGUCAAUUGAUAUUCCACCAGAGGGCAGUACAGCCUCUGAAAGUGAAUGUGUCGAGUUAAAGGACGUCUCAGGAACUGUCUUGAAGAACAUCAUAGAUUUCAUUUACACUGGAGAUCUGGUCUUGACAUCAGAGACCAUCUCGACAGUCCUACAUACAUCGUCAUAUUUCGAGAUAACACCAGCAGUUGAUAUCUGUAAAGCCUAUAUCAAAGAAAAUUUGAAAGUUACAAACUUUCUGAACUUCCUGUCCUUGGCUGAUUCGUAUAACUUGGACAUCAUAGAUGUCGCUGCAAGUCACUUUUCCGUCUUCGUGUGCAAGGCCAAGGACAGCUUUCUGAAUCUAGACUACAGGUUCUUCCAGGCAAUACUUGCCUCGGAAAAACUUUCUGACAUUUCCGAGGAAGUACUUUGCAAGCUUGUCUUGCAUUGGGUGUAUCAUGAUCUGGCCGAUAGGAGGAGUUACCUGAGCAGUCUACUGGACGACAUUCGUCUCUGCCUCCUGCCAUAUGAAAUGUUGGCACAGCUACUGAAAAUUGACAUGAUCAAGGAAGAAGAGAAAGCAGUGUUCUUGAUAAUGGACGCCCAGGGCUACCAAGAGGUUGAGAUGCUCAAGCCAUUACAGCAUGGCCAUCUGACUAGUUUCCGCACAAAGGCAGCGAAUUUGACAAUAUUCGACAGUCAUGAAAAGGAGUGGGUGUUACCUGUGGAUGACCUCGAGUGGUUAGAGGCAGAGAACGUUGCUACAUGCUGCUCGUCAGCAGACAAGAAGAGCAUAGAGGGCAGCGUUGUCUUCAACAACUUUCUAUUCGUUGCCUGUUGCAGUUACCAUGACAAAGAGACAACGUUACAUCGUUACGACCCACGUUUCCAAAAAUGGCUGCAGCUGUCAUCCCUUGAUGAGCAUAGGGAGUGCUUCACCAUAGAGGCAAGCGGGAAGUACCUUUAUAUUCUUGGAGGUAUCAGUAAAAAGAGGAAGCCCAGGCGAUCCUACGUUGUGUAUUCUAUCGCUCAAGAUAGGUGGUCAGAGAAGGAACAGAUGCCAUUUCCAUUUGCUCUCCAUGCCAGUACAACCCACGCUGGCGACAUCUAUUGCUCCGGAGGUUUUCAUGGGGAGUCGAACACUAAGACAUCCAAGUGGAUGUAUAAAUUGGACCCCAACAGCAGCCAAUGGACACAGAAGAAGAGCUUAUGGUGUGGCCGCAGCCGUCAUAGCAUGGUAACCAUCGGGGACCAUCUGUAUGUUGUUGGAGGUGUUGCUCUUCAGAUGCCGUUCGGCCGAGACAGGAUGGCGACGCACAACGUCAUCGAAUACUACGAUACCAAACUUGACCAGUGGACGUCUUGUGCGCCCAGUAUGAUUGGAUACUCACAAAUUACAGCUUGUGGUGUACAGAAUGCAAUCUAUAUCACAGGGAUUUGCCAACUUGGAUACGAGGAGGAUAAUGACGGAAGGAAUUUGUGUGACCAGGCUGUCGUCUUUAAAUUCGAUCCAAUCAAGGAGACACUGACAAAGCUGUGUUCCUUUGCAACCUCCUUCGAUGACUGUGAGGAGCAAGAACUCUACAAACUCAGCUGCUAUUCCUUGGACUAUGGUCCUCAGCCAUCGUUUGGGUUCUUUGUAGAUGAGGCAUGGGCAGAGGAACUCUUUGGACUCAAAUCUUAUGGACUCAUGGCCUUCACAGGACUUUCUCUGAACUGAUCAAUUCAGCCAUUCAAAGAAAUUUGGACUUGAGAAUGUAAAUCUCGAUAAAUUCUGUUGAUCUGAGAAAUCAUGACAAAUUUGGAUACAUUCCUCAAAUGGUUGCAGUUUCCAUACAGGACCGAGGCAUUUGUAAUACCUGGCAAUAAAAGCAUUUUAAAAGCAAGUUUGAUGCUGGUAUAUCAAUAACAUUAUGAGUAAACAAUUAAUGACAUGCCAUUAUGUGCUUUUUAAUGUGCAUGUGGGUCCAUCGUCACUUACAUGCACCAAAAUACUUGGGCAAAA